AUGACAGCACCCCCGUGUACCUUUCCGGUUCAGUUCCGGCAGCCAUCAGUCAGCGGCCUCUCACAGAUCACCAGCAGCCUAUACAUCAGCAAUGGGGUGGCUGCCAACAACAAGCUCAUGCUCUCCAGCAACCGGAUCACCACGGUCAUCAAUGUCUCGGUAGAAGUGGUGAACACUUUAUACGAGGACAUCCAGUAUGUACAGGUGCCAGUGGCUGACACACCCAUCUCACGUCUCUGUGACUUCUUUGACCCCAUUGCUGACCACAUCCACAGUGUGGAGAUGAAGCAGGGCCGCACACUGCUCUUAAUGAAUUCCAGUGAAGCAGCAGUGAAAAAAUUUUUACCCAAGAGCAACUUACCCCGGGUGAUUAUUCGUGACAACCUCAGUGCACAACGAGUCUAUGAGAUGGAGAUAAGAACUUCAGACAAGACCAAGAGAAAGAUGAGCCACUUGUAUGACCAUCUGAAGAAAAAGUUCAUGACCGACCAGCUCAGAAAGCUGGGGUGCUGGAGACGGGAAUCCAUGAACAUCCAGCAGUACCUGGGAAGCAUCCAAGUGAUCCUGAAGGUCCUGUAG